UAUUAUAAAUAAACGCAUAAGUCGACGCAUCAAAAACCGUUGUAUCCACAUAAUGCACAAUAAUCGACAUUAUCAAACAAUGUCUAAGAUUGAAAGAAAACCGGAUUUGACAUUGGUUUUUAUUGGAUUUCAAGGAAGUGGGAAAAGUGCUACUGGCAAUUCCGUUUUGGGACGUAAAUGCUUCCAUUCAGGCUUUGGAACGAUUGGUACAACAAAACAGGUUCAAAUGGAAGAAACGUAUUUUGGCGACAAACGUGUUUCUAUCGUUGAUACGCCACCUCUUUCGUCAACGGAAACAUUUACUGCUAUAAACAAUGCUUUUUCGAAGCACCAACAAACCACAGCAGUUUAUGCAAUUGUUAUUGCAAUUGGAAGAUUUACUCCAGAUGAAAAAGCUGGUGUUGGAAACAUCCUUUCAAAAUUUGGAAGCAUUUUGAAUGGUAGAACGCUGUUAUUGUUUACUCGAAAGAAUGAACUUGAAGCAUUUGGAUCGGAUGAGAAGAAUAAUCUUAAAUCAUGGUUGGAGAGUACACCAACAAUUCAACGGUGGAUAAAUAAUAACAACAUACCUUACUUUGCAAUAGAGAACGAAUCCAUGGAACAUGAUUGUGGAAUAGAUGAGAUGAUGAAAACGGCAGUAAACAUGAAUAAUCCGGAAAAAAAUUGUUGUUGGAUCCUGUGAUCGCAUAAUGGAUAAUGAUUAAAACAGACUAAAUGGAAUAAACAAAGUUUUUCUUAAAGUUAUAUCUACAUGACAUAAAGUUUUAAUGAAAUAAUGAUUUAUUUAUUUUACCUUAGUUUAAUUGAAAUAAAUGUUGAAUAUAACAACAGUUGCAUGUAAGAAAUUUUGUAAGUUCAUUAUCAAGCACAUCAUCAACAAAGAAGUUGAUAAAUUUAAGAUAAGUUGGAACUUCCUUCAAAUAAUAUGUUACUUAGUUACGCAGUCGAGUCUUUCAACAUGUUUAUAGUUUUGAAUCUUAUUUUGCAAUAGUCAUAAUGAAUUAUUGUUAAAAAAAUAUAUGAACGGACCUUUUUUUAUUGAAAUGUUGAGAGAAACGUGUCACUUCUAAGAAACAUUUAUUUAAAGGAGGAACAAAACUAACACUUUUUAAUAUUCUAGAAAACAAACCCAAUGCAAAAGCCCUUUCAUGAAAAAAAAAAGAGAAAGUAUUUUUUUUGAUUUUCAAAAUUCAGUAUCAUUAUUGCCACUACGUUUUGUGUAAAACACACAUCUAUGAUUUUCCUUUUACUAUUUAUUGUUCCUUUCUAUUAGAAACAUUGAAUAAAUGUUCAGUAUCAUUUUUCGGGGUCAUAGUUUAAACAAUAUAACGAUUUUUAGAUAUGAAUAGAGAUAAUGAUAUUUCUUUCCUAUCAUUAAUAAUAAAAAAAAAAAAAACUUCCGUGUAGUCGGGAUCUUUGAUCACUAUUUUUUUGUAGAAUUUUUUAUCUUUGUAUUUUGCAUGAUUCUUGAAUGACCUUUUUUUUUCUUCGUUGUGAAUUGCUGUCACACCUGCAUAUUUCUGAUUAUAAUUUUUUUUUUCUGUAUUAUUAUAUUAUAACUUCUAUACGAUGAUUCUGGUAGUUGUUUACAGUCUAAAAGAUAUUUUCUGACAAUUUCUCUGUCGAUAAAUGUGUAAUACAAGGGAAACUAUUAUAAUAUCAUGUUUAUUGUUUUGUAAGUAAUUUGACUUGGGAUGUAAAAGAACUUUAUGUCUGUUUGUUUGAAUUACAUAAUUUCUUUUAUUUGUUAUGAUGAAUGCAAUGAUACUUUUUUUUGUUUUUAUAGACUGUUGAAUUCGCUUCAUAAAUAAUGUAAAUACAAGUUAAAGGAAGGAUAUAUAAAAUGAUUGUAUUGUAGCGAAUGGAAUAAAGCUUUUGAUCAAUG